AGAAGAAGAAGAAGAAGAAGAAGAAGAAGAAGAAAGUGCCAAACAUGGUGUCGCAACACGGCGUCAGCCUCGCCGUCCAUCUCAUCACCUCUUACUUUGGUGAUCUCGUCGCUAAAGUUUGCGAGUGUCUUCUACGAAAAGGAACCCUACCGUUUGCACAGAUAAUGCGAUUCACAGAGCUUAGUAAAGGGAAUCUCGAGAAAGCUCUACUUGUACUAAUCCAACACAAUUGUGUACAAGCCUUCGCAGUCCAACGAGAAGGUGCAUUUGGAGAGGUGCCACGGGUUGUAACUCAGUACAUGGUUAUCUGUGAUAACAUACUUCAUCAUAUGAGAUUUCCUAAAUUUCUGGCAAUUGUGUCGGAGCAGCUUGGUAAAGAAUGUGAAGAGAUUUUUGAAGGGUUGCUUCAACAUGGAAGGCUUUCGAUGAAUCAACUUAUUGACAGGCAUAAGCAGACAUCUAUUCCAAGUGGAGGAAAUUUUGUUGUGGAUGCAUUACAAGAAAGCUUUAAGAGACUUGUGAAUGCCCGAUUUGUGGAACGUUGUCCAGCUCCUGAACCAUUCCUUGCCCCACCUUCUGAAGAUGAAACUCCUGCAAAGAAACGAGGAGCCAAGUCGGCCAAGAUCGCUGAUGAAUCACAGACUAUAGAGCAACGUGCUUUAGCAGUAGCCUCUCCUAUGGAAUCAAUAAGAUUUUUUGUUGAAACAAAUAUUGGUACCGAUGUUUCUGAACAAAAGAGUGAGGAAAAAUCUAUUCAAGUUGGGGAGAAGCGAAAGAAUGAUAGUAUGGAGUCGAAUAUGGAAGCUUUGGCUUCAAAUGGAAAGAAAGAAGUUCUUUGGCGCGUCAAUUUUGAAGAGUUUAUAAAGCACCUGAGGGAUAAGGUUUGUUUCUUUACAUAUUUGUCAAAAGGAUUCUUGUGUACCAUCUAGUAUUGUGAUAAAUGCUUGGACUAACAACUCUUGUGGCUUGAAUCUAAGGACUAUCAUUUGUACAAAGAAUUGUUGUAUGUCAUUGGUUUUAUUCAACCCCUUUUCCAUCUCUGCAUGCCAGGUAAUAAUAAUUAGAUUUGUUUCUUAUCAGUGAUAUGUCCGAAAUAAGGAAACAGUCACAUACAUCCUGAUGGCACAACCAUAGAUUGGUUGAACAGAUAUAAUCAACUUUGGAAGCCUAAAAGAAAGAGCAUAAAUUUUUUGUCCAAAAGAAAGUGUGAUUGGUAGCUUAUUAGGAUUAAUUUUAUUAUUAUUUAAUUUAGGUGUACUAAUUUGACUAGGACUAUUAGUGACAGUUGGAUUUGGGAAUUAUUAUAGAGUAUAAACAUAAUUGUUAGUAUCGUACGAUACGUCACGAUACAGAGGUAAAACGAUAUGAAUCGGAGUUUUGUAUAG